UUUCAACAUGAACAUAAUAAACAAAGAGUGACCAAAAUAUAAUACAAACCAUUCCCAAACAGACGCACACACCCAGCUCACACCUCACAGCCUCCCUCAAGCCUCCUCCACCAACACACACAUCACCAGGCAAGAAGCCCAAACAGCCAGCCAGCCAGCGAGCGCCGCCACCACCACCAGCAGCCGCAGGUGUCAGCCAUGAGCAAGGACUGCGGCAACCACGGCGACGACGAGUUCAAGCAGACGUGCCGCCGCCUUCUCAUCAUCCUGCUGGGCUUCGCCCUCCUCGCCGGCGUCAUCGCGCUCAUCGUCUUCCUCGUCCUCCACCCGACCCACCCGCGCUUCAUCCUCCAGGACGCCACGCUCCGGCAGCUGGACCUCUCCAACGGCUCGGCGCCGCUGCUCUCGACGGCGGCGCAGGUGACCAUCGCCUCCCGCAACCCCAACGCCCGCGUCGGGGUCCACUACGACCGCCUCGACGUCUACGCCUCCUACAAGUACCAGCAGGUCACGCUGGCGUCCAGGCUCCCGACAGUGUACCAGGGCCACGGCGACGUCGACGUGUGGUCGCCCGUGCUGGCCGGGCCCAACGUUCCGUUCGCGCCGUUCCUCGCCGACGCCAUGAGGAAGGACGUCGCCAACGGGUACCUCAUCAUGGAGGUCAGGAUCGACGGACGCGUCAGGUGGAAGGUCGGGAGCUGGACGUCCGGGCACUACCACAUCUUCGUCACCUGCCCGGCUUACUUCAUCAGCAGCGGCACAUACAGCGUCGUCGGGGCGCACGGGCUCAGGUUCCAGACGCCCACCUACUGCCGCGUCGAGGUCUAACCUGACUUGCUCAGUUGCUCUGUUCUGGACUCUGCUUACUCUGCUCCGGCGAGGUAGGUUGGCUUGGCUUGUUAGUCUACCGGAAACAAGGAAGAAAGAGGGGUGGUGAAUUGUAAUAAAGGGUGGUGUGGAGAGGUAUAGAGGUAAAAAAAAGUUGAGGUAAUUUAGAGAGUGGGUUAACUAGUCUUGGUUCAUAUAUACUAUGUGUUUUUGGGUUGAAUCUUUGUUCAGUUCCUCGUUUAAUUGUUCAUAAAUCUGCGAGUCAAGGUUAAAAAAAAUGCUGCUGCUAUUUUGCACUU